AUGAAGCUCUUUAUUGCUCUAAGUGCUACUCUUCUAGCCAACGUUGUCACCGCUCUGCUGAACAACCUGGGUAUUACAAUACACACAAAUGGCGACAAACACGGUGCAACCGUCAACUAUCACAACCAGUGUCCCUUCGCAAUUAGCCCAAUUACUGUCACUAUCAAGCUCAAAACCCACGAUCUCACCUUCCCUAAGCCUUCUGGAUUCAUAAAUUGGAAGACAUUCAAGGCAAACGGUGCGAACCUUGGUGGAUGGCUUGAGAAGGAGCAAACUCAUGAUCCCAUUUGGUGGGCUCAAGUUGGUGGGGAGGGCACUUCUGACGAAUGGUCUCUUUGUCAAAAGCUGGGCAGCACCUGCGGCCCGAUUCUCGAGGCGCGAUAUGCUUCCUUCCUCAAUACCACUACUAUCGAUCAGUUGGCUGCUGUUGGUGUAAACACCCUUCGCAUACCAACUACCUACGCUGCCUGGAUAGAUGUCCCCGGUUCUGCCCUUUACCACGGAAACCAACAGCGAUAUCUUAAGACGAUUUCUGAUUACGCCAUUAACAAGUAUGGCAUGCAUAUCAUUAUUGGUCUUCAUUCUUUGCCUGGGGGUGUCAACAACCUCGACAUCGGUGAGGCUUUCAUGCAUGACGGUUGGUUUUACAACGUCACCAACCUAGAUUAUUCGUUCAAAGCGAUUGAUGGCAUCCUCAAUUUCGUGAAGAGCAGCGGCAAGAUUGCUUCAUUCACUAUCGCUCCUAUCAACGAAGCCUCUGACAACCUUGCCGGCUUUGGUACCCCAGCCGGCCUCUCCACCAACGCUACCAACUGGAUCAAUACUUACCAUGAUGGUGUCUUGAAGAAGAUUGCCAAGGUCGACAAGCGCAUCCCCAUGAUGGUUCAAGAUUGUUUCAUGGGUGCAUCAUAUUGGAGUCCCUUCUACGAUCCUUCAAGCAACAUCGUUUUCGACUCACAUGUCUACUACUUUGCUGCUGCUGGUGCCUACUCGCAAUACAUCAACCCAGCCGUCUGCGGCCAGGCUUCUUAUCUCGCCCAGGAAACCAAAUUUCCUGUCUUUGUUGGCGAAUGGUCCUUACAGACCAUGUACAACAACACCUUGGCCGGUCGUAAGGCCCUGUUCGAUACCCAACGCUACGCAUGGAACAAGUAUGUUGCAGGCGGUACCUUCUGGACUGCAGUUUCGUACAGUACUGCGAAAGUUGAUGGAGAAGGUACCCAACGCGAGUACUGGUCCUACAUUGACUUGAUCAAUCAGGGUGUUAUCACGCUGUCAACAAACAUGUCUUACUGUUAA